GCUGACCUUCUUCCGCCCUCCACUGCCCGGUUCCUACCAUGGCUUCUGCUGUGUUCCGGCUGCUGCAGCAGGGCUCCGGCCGCCUGUUGGCUCCGGCCGCCCCGACGCUGGCUCCUCCGGUUCGGGGAGUGAAGAAGGGAUUCCGUGCCGCCUUCCGCUUCCAGAAGGAGCUGGAGCGCUGGCGCCUGCUGCGCUGCCCGCCGCCGCCCGUGCGACGCUCAGAGAAGCCAAACUGGGAUUACCAUGCAGAAGUACAAGCCUUUGGAUCUCGGUUACAAGAAACCUUUUCGUUGGACCUUCUCAAAACUGCCUUUGUCAAUAGCUGCUAUAUUAAAAGUGAAGAGGCAAAACGUGAGAAACUUGGGGUAGAGAAAGAAGCUGUUCUUCUGAAUAUUAAGGACAAUCAAGAACUGUGUGAGCAAGGGCUGUCUUUUUCACACAAGUGCCUCACAAAAUGUCUUGAAGAUGAGUUCCCAGAAUUGCCCACGGAAGGCACUGAAGGUCUAGUUAACUUUCUUACUGGUGAGGCAGUUGUCUGUCACGUGGCUCGGAACUUGGCGGUGGAGCAGCUGACCCUCAGUGCGGAAUUUCCUGUCCCGCCACCCGUAUUACAUCGGACUUUCUUCGCAGUGAUUGGAGCCCUGCUGCAAAGCAGUGGACCAGAAAGGGCUGCACUUUUCAUCAGGGACUUUUUAAUAACGCAAAUGACCGGGAAAGAGCUCUUCGAGAUGUGGACCGUCAUAAACCCCAUGGGACUGCUUGUAGAGGAACUGAAGAAGAGAAACAUUCCAGCUCCUGAGUCGAGACUCACCAGGCAGUCCGGAAGCACAACUGCUUUGCCUGUGUACUUUGUCGGCUUAUACUGUGAUAAAAAGCUGAUUGGAGAAGGACCUGGGGAAACAAUACUAGUUGCAGAGGAAGAAGCUGCGCGAGUAGCACUUAGGAAACUCUAUGGAUUCACCGAGAACAGACGGCCCUGGGACUAUUCCAAGCCCAAAGAGAGCGCAAGAGCAGAGAAAACCAGCAUCGCCAGCUAGACAGCUCACAUCUGUGAGAAAAGCAGUGAGACAGUGUCACAGGCAUCCCUGGGUGAACAAACAUGUCUCAUUGUCCUUACUGUGUUCCUGCAAUUAAACAAGUUUAUCAGAUGA